GAGGGACGAAGGCCGACCGAGGCAGACGCUAACGAGAAGGGGGAGAGAGACUACGAGAGAUCCGAUUCUUCCGCAUUUCUUGGCGAAACAAAACGUAGCGAAAGAAGAUGACAUAGCAGAGGCACAGCGAGAGAGUGGGAGAGAGAGCGGGUGCUAAAUCUUCUUCUUAGCCUCUGGCAGGUGCUGGGGUGGGUGAUGGCGACGCCGUUGGCGGGGCUGCAGCACAACGACAGGGUGCUCUCUGCGCAGAUGGCGGGCCCCAUUGGCAACUCUGCCGUGGACUCUGCACCGUCUUCUCCGUCUCCUCCUCCUUCUCCUUCUCCUUCUCCUUCUCUUCCUCCUCCUCCUUCUCCGUCGUCGUUGGUGUCUCCGGCCUCGGCGCCUGUGAAGGAGAACCUUCUCAAUUCCUCUCACCGGUCGCCAAUCCUCAUGUUCCUCUUCUUCCACAAGGCCAUCCGUUCGGAGCUCGACCAACUCCAUCGCGCCUCUCUCGACUUGGCCACCGACUAUGGUGGCGACAUCAACGCCCUUCUUGGCCGCUACCACUUCCUCCGGAUGAUAUACAAGCACCAUGUCAUCGCCGAGGAUGAGGUGAUUUUUCCAGCCCUUGACAUACGUGUGAAAAAUGUAGCUAGAACAUACUCAUUGGAGCAUAAAGGGGAGACAGACCUUUUUGACCACUUGUUUGAAUUAUUAAGCUCUAAUUUGCUAGAUAAUGAGAGUUUCAGGAGAGAAUUGGCGGGAUGCACAAGGGCCAUUCAGACAUCUCUUACUCAGCACAUGUCCAAGGAAGAAGAACAGGUCUUCCCUUUGCUUAUUGAGAAGUUUUCGUUUAAAGAGCAGGCCACAUUAGUUUGGCAAUUUUUGUGUAGUAUUCCAGUGAGCAUGAUGGCUGAAUUUCUGCCAUGGAUCUCUUCUUCUCUUUCAACAGAGGAGAAGCAUGACAUGCGAAAAUGCUUAUUCAAGAUAGUUCCUGAAGAAAUGCUUCUUCAAGAGGUUGUAUUCAACUGGAUGGAUGGAAAACACACUACCAAGUUCAGCAAAUCGGGUGAAGAAUCUCAAAUAAAAAAUGCAGUAGAUACAUACGGAUCUCCAAAAAUCAGUAAAAGGAAACAAGUUGAUCCCAUCGCUCCAAGUCCGGGUCCAUGCCCUAUUGAUGAAAUUUUGCAUUGGCAUAAUGCCAUUAACAGGGAGUUGCAAGAUAUUGCAGUGGAAGCAAGGAAAAUACAACUAUCAGGAGAUUUCUCUGAUCUGUCAAUGUUUAAUGACAGAUUACACUUUAUUGCUGAUGUCUGCAUUUUUCACAGUAUUGCUGAAGAUAGGAUCAUCUUUCCAGCUGUUGAUAUGAAAGUCAAAAGAGGAGUUUCUUUUGUCAUGGAGCAUGAAGAAGAAGAAAAUCAAUUCAAUGAGAUUAGGUCCCUCAUUGAAGAUAUUCAAAAUGCAGAGGCCAAUUCAACUACAGCUGACUUUUACAGUAAAUUAUGUGCACAAGCUGAUCAAAUAAUGGAUACCGUACGGAAUCACUUUCAAAAUGAGGAACGUGAGGUACUCCCCCUUGCACGUGAACAUUUCAGUCACAUGGAGCAACGAGAGCUUCUGUAUAAUAGCCUUUGUGUCAUGCCACUGAAAUUGGUGGAGCGUGCCUUACCAUGGUUAGUUGGCUCAUUAAAUGAACAAGAAGCAAAAGCUGUUCUCCAGAAUAUGCAUUUGGCAGCUCCUCAAUCUGAUGUAGCACUUGUUACACUUUUUUCUGGCUGGGCAUGCAAAGGGCGUGUUCAUGAUCCACCUGGUGCUGGAGGAUUCAUAUGUCUAUCUUCGGAUCAAGUUGGUGGCUGCCCACUAAGAAAAUUGAAUGGGGUUGAUGAUGAUACCAAGGGACAAUGUUUUGCAUGUGUUUCUUCAUCCAUGUCCAAAGAGGCAUCCUGUCGAUUGGUUGACGAAUGUAUAAGACCACCAAAACGUGCCAAUUGUGCAGAAAAGCAUGACAAUCUUCAAGAUCUUGACCAUUCUGAAGUAGUCAAUUCUCAGAAGGCUUGUUCUACGAAACCCUGCUGUGUUCCAGGAUUGGGUGUGGGCAGCACUAAUCGUGGAAAAAGUUCAAUUACUACUGCAAAAUGCUUGCGUUCCAUGUCCUUUAAUUCCUCUGCUCCACAUCUUUCCUCCAGCCUUUUUAUGUGGCAAUCAGAGAUGGGCUCCUCUGGCAUUGGACAAGCUUCAAGGCCCAUUGACAACAUUUUCCAGUUCCACAAAGCCAUCAGAAAAGAUUUGGAGUAUUUGGAUGUUGAAUCUGGGAAGCUCACUGACUGUGAUGAGAAAUUUCUCCACCAUUUCAUUGGACGGUUUCGACUUUUGUGGGGUUUAUACAGGGCUCACAGUAACGCAGAAGAUGAGAUUGUAUUUCCCGCUUUGGAAGCUAAGGAAUCACUUCACAAUGUUAGCCACUCCUAUACCAUUGAUCAUAAGCAGGAGGAAAACUUAUUUGCUGAUAUAUCAGCUGUUCUUUCUGAGCUGUCACAACUACACGAUGACUUUAAUGAUGUCAAACAUUGCAGGGAUGAUAUUAUAAGUGAAUUUGUUAAAUCUGAUUUUAAUGAUGCCCAUUGGACCAGAAAGCACAAUGAUCUUGCAACAAAAAUUCAGGGAAUGUGCAAAUCAUUAAGAGUUGCACUCGACCAGCACGUCUUCAGAGAAGAGCUUGAAUUGUGGCCAUUAUUUGAUAGACAUUUCACUGUUGAAGAGCAGGAUAAGAUUGUUGGUCGAAUUAUUGGGACCACAGGAGCAGAGGUACUUCAAUCUAUGUUGCCAUGGGUGACUGCUGCCCUCACUCAGGAGGAGCAAAAUCAAAUGAUGGACACUUGGAAGAAUGCAACGAGAAAUACCAUGUUUAAUGAGUGGCUGAGUGAAUGGUGGAAAGAAAACCCUGGGAGUUCUUCAUCUAGAGCUUCAGAUGGUAGUGUUCCUGAAAAAGGUAAUGACUUCCAGGAAAAUCUGGACCAACAUGACCAGAAAUUCAAGCCAGGGUGGAACAAUAUUUUCAGAAUGAAUCAAAAUGAGCUUGAGUCAGAAAUAAGGAAAGUGUCUCGAGAUUCAUCAUUAGACCCACGAAGAAAGGCAUAUCUUAUUCAAAAUCUUAUGACGAGUCGCUGGAUAGCAUCCCAGCAGAAGCAAACUCAGACUGAAGAAGCAACUGUAAAUGGUGAUGACAUACCUGGUUGCUCCCCAUCAUUUCGUGAUGAGGAGAAUGAGAUAUUCGGUUGCGAACAUUAUAAAAGGAACUGUAAGCUUGUUGCUGCAUGCUGCAGCAAGUUGUUCACAUGUAGAUUCUGUCAUGACAAAGUCAGUGAUCAUUCAAUGGACAGGAAAGCAACAACUGAGAUGAUGUGUAUGAAAUGUUUGAAACUUCAACCUGUUGGGCCAACAUGUGUGACACCAUCCUGUGAUGGAUUUUCUAUGGCAAAGUACUUUUGCAACAUUUGCAAAUUUUUGGAUGAUGAAAGGACUGUAUAUCAUUGUCCUUUUUGUAAUCUAUGCCGUGUUGGUAAGGGGCUUGGUGUUGAUUUCUUUCAUUGUAUGACUUGCAAUUGUUGCCUGGGAAUGCAAUUGGUAGAACAUAAAUGCCGAGAAAAAGGGUUGGAGGCAAAUUGUCCAAUUUGUUGUGAUUUCCUCUUUACUUCAAGUGCAUCAGUGAAGGCUCUUCCUUGUGGUCAUUUCAUGCACUCAGCUUGCUUUCAGGCAUAUACGUGCUCUCACUAUACCUGUCCAAUUUGCUGCAAGUCUUUGGGAGACAUGGCUGUCUACUUUGGCAUGCUUGACGCCUUGUUAGCUGCAGAAGAGCUUCCUGACGAAUACAAAGACCGAUACCAGGACUUGGUGAUAGGGAAGAUGAUUGGGAUUGGUUUGACUUCUGACGGGCUAUAUCGUUUACCUAUGCGUACUUCUCAGGCUCUCAUGACGGCAGUCAGUCAAGCAACGAAGAACAGAGAGGAGUCCCUUCAAUUGCUUCUACAGUGGCAUGAGCGCCUUGGACACCUGCCUUUUGGAAUUCUUAGACAGCUAUUUCCUGAUUUAUGUUCCAAGUUAGUUAUGACUAUGGUGUCCUGUGAUGUCUGUCACCUGGCCAAACAUGUUAGAGCUUCAUAUCCUUUGUCUAACCAUCGGUCUAAUGAGGAGGUUCUCUGUAAUGACUGUGAGAAGAAGGGAAUGUCCCCCUUCCACUGGUUGUAUCAUAAAUGCGGAUUUUGUGGUUCAUAUAAUACUAGAGUAGUCUAAGGAAGAACCAGCUCUAUUUUUCUACUGCAAGAGGAUGAUGUAGAUAUCAACAGCACAUUUGGUACAACCAUCCAGCUGAUGACAAGCUCGUGGCAAGGAAGGUUUGUCUAAGGUUCGAUGGUUGUGAGCUGCUUCUGUUUAGUCUUUCUGUACAUAUGUAUAUGCACCAACUUUUCACCCUCGUUUAUGGCAAUAAAUUCACCUCUCCCUCUCUCUCUCUCUCUCUCUCUCUAUACACACACACACACAAAACUAUGAGUAGUUUCUCCAUGCAGCACAGGUUGUACUUCUGGGAAGGCAGAAAUGAAGGUGCUAGGUCAAGGUUAUUAACAUACUGGCUUUCAUGAAGCUGGUUUGAAGUAAUGGUUCGGAUCUAGAAGAUGGACUGCUCAAAUGAGGUGAUAGUGAUACCUAGCACAUACUUGGUGGAUUGAUGCAAGGAUAUGGGAGCACUAUAGCUGCUACUUCGAAGAUCAAAAUCGCUGUCAGACUGCAUGGGAAGUGUAAUGUGAUGCUCGAUUAGACCUGAAGUGUUUGAAUUUGCGAAGUUGUCCACUUAAUAUUAACUGAGAAGUUCAGCAAAACCAGUUCAGCAACAUGAAAUAUCAGUGUUGGUUCCCUCUAUUGUGGCAAUUCUUUGUUAUAUCUCUGAUGCUUUUGUGAAAUAUAAUCAAUUUUUUGUUGUAAAUUUAUAUUACUUUUUCAAUCUUUGUUAGGUUGAUCUUAA